UGGUAUCGCUCACUGUCAUGGCUCCUUGAGCGAGUGGCUAUCAGCUCCUAAAACGAUAUCAAAAUCUUUGGGGGAGAAAUACAGCACUUCUUCCCUUAUUUAAAGAAAAAAAUCGGGGUUUUUUACGGCUCGGGUUUUGCUUGGAUACAUUAUUAACAUGGCGGGGAGCAAUACGGCUCAGAAAACAUGGGAGCUGUCUAACAGCAUGCAGGAAGUUCAGAGCAUUGAUGAAAUUUACAAAUAUGACAAAAAGCAACAACAAGAAAUCCUCGCUGCGAAGCCAUGGACGAAAGAUCACCACUACUUCAAGUACUGCAAAAUCUCAGCUUUGGCCCUGUUGAAGAUGGUAAUGCAUGCCAGAUCUGGAGGAAACCUGGAGGUGAUGGGCCUCAUGCUGGGAAAGGUGGACGGUGAAACCAUGAUCAUCAUGGACAGCUUUGCUUUGCCCGUGGAGGGCACAGAGACCAGAGUUAACGCCCAGGCGGCAGCCUAUGAAUACAUGGCUGCCUAUAUUGAAAAUGCCAAACAGGUUGGCCGGCUGGAGAAUGCGAUAGGCUGGUACCACAGUCAUCCAGGCUAUGGAUGCUGGCUCUCCGGCAUAGAUGUCAGCACCCAGAUGCUCAACCAACAGUUUCAGGAGCCUUUUGUGGCUGUUGUGAUUGAUCCCACUCGGACUAUUUCUGCAGGGAAAGUCAACCUCGGUGCCUUCAGAACCUACCCGAAGGGUUACAAACCCCCUGAUGAGGGACCCUCAGAAUAUCAGACUAUCCCCCUGAACAAGAUUGAAGACUUUGGUGUACACUGUAAACAGUAUUACGCCUUGGAGGUUACUUACUUUAAGUCCUCCCUCGAUAGAAAGCUCCUGGAACUCCUUUGGAAUAAAUAUUGGGUUAAUACCUUAAGUUCUUCAAGUCUCCUCACGAACUCGGACUACACCACGGGCCAGGUGUUCGACCUGUCAGAGAAGCUGGAGCAGUCGGAGGCCCAGCUGGGCAGAGGCUGCUUCAUGCUCGGAUUAGACACACACGACAGAAAGUCUGAGGACAAACUGGCCAAAGCAACACGAGACAGCUGCAAGACAACCAUAGAAGCGAUUCAUGGUCUGAUGUCUCAAGUCAUUAAGGACAAACUCUUCAAUCAAAUCAACACGUCUGGCAAUUAAACCUCAGCCACAAGGCCAUUUGAAUUACACCUGGAAAUGUGUUCUUGUGCAUGCCCGGUGCUUACUGAUUCAUGGUGUAUGUUUAACUGCUAAGAGUAGCAUCAUCUGUUAUUUCUCUUGGGAGUGCUUUUCUAUUCAUUUUUCCUUCAUGUAGGUAAGAAUUAGAAGACACGUGCAAAAAAUAAAACUUAAAAAAAGCAGCAUUUUGUGUUUUUUGUUUUUUUUUUUGUUUCUUUGUUUUAUAUAAGGCAAAGUGUAGCUGGGACAGUGAUCGGUUUCAGUGGAAGGUGGAUUAGAUGUACACUGCUGUCCAAAUGUUUACUCUUUAAUGCAUAAUAUUAUAUUCUCAAUGCCCAAGGCACGGCGGCAUCUUUUCACACAUAGCCCUGAUUCAGCACAUUUAAAUAACACAUUGGUGUGGUCACAUUUAACGCUCAGUCUAACCUAGCACCAGUCAGUCAUUCAAGUGGUGUAGCCUGUCAUAGCAUUACAUAAUGGAACAACAAACUACAGCUUCUGCUUAGGCUCAGCGGGAAUCGACUGCCAUGCGUGAGAUGUCUCUGCGGAGUUGCUCCCAGCACAGUUUGGCCCUCGGUGGUACGCUGUGGCAGAGCGGCCAGCUUGUCAGGUUGUGGUGUGGCAGUGAUGCAGGGCAGAAACAGAAGCCGUGCACACUGGGGUCCAUUCACCCGACGCGCCUGCUCUCCAUCGAAGCAGACACUCGCCGAGUCUGCCUUUCUUUCUUUUCCCUUUUUUUUUCCUGUUCCUUUGGCCUGAGGUUGUGUGAUGUCUUUUUCUAUGGUAUUGUAAUGGCUACAUGUAUAUUUUUGAUGUCAUGUAUUGCAGAGGAGAGAAUCCCAGUGGGAGAGUGGAGGUGCCUGUUUUUUCUCAUAAGCAUGAGCUUUGGCACCACUUGCUAUAAUGAUUUUACUUAACCAUGAUUUAACCCGUGUCUUAAAACUGAGAACUUUUGGUGUACUGGUUUACGAAGAUGGAACUUAUUAGAUUAGAUUUCAUGAAGUUUAGGAAUAUGAAAUCAUUGAGUAAGGUUUUUGCACUCAGUCUACUGACUAGUUUGUAUUUUCGCCAAAUAUUUAAAUGUAUUACAUGUCUGACUGUCAGUGCUGAGGUGGUAUUUAAAGUAUGCACUUCUAAAAUAGAUUAACCUAAUGUUUGGUCUUUCAUGAUUUAAGAAACAUGUUGAACUUGUUGGAUAUGUAAAUAUUGUGAUUAUCACCAGAUGGACAUUUGUAUGCAUGACUAAAGCUGCAAUAAGAACAUUUAUGUAAAUUCUAAUCAAGUCAAAUUGUGGGCAGCCAAAAAAAAUUAAACGAUCCUUUUCAACAGAUUUCUAAUUCUGAAGUAUGUUCCCGUUAGUACAAAAAGGUUUCUGCUUGCAUGACUGUGAAAAAGAAACAUCGUAAAAUAAAAUGAUUUAAGAAGCGUUUUUAAUGUAUAUGGCACUGCUUUGACAGAUAGUUAAAAGCCUGCUGUUGUCCAAUAGGCGGCAUAGAUCUAAUGACCACACUAAUCAGGAGAUGGAAAGAGCAGUUUUGCUGUGAGAAUGAUUGAUCCCGCUUCCUCCCCACCAAGGGCUGCUGCAUAAGCAGAGGCAAGUCACUCCUUCAAAGGAAACUCAGGUCAUGACAAAAUUUAAAGUUUACCGACUUUCCCCUAAAAUAAAAACAUAAAAAAGC